UCUCUCUCUCUCUCUCUCUCUCUCUGUAAAUCCAGCAUGAAUUCCUCUACGCAGAACCAAAACCCAAUUUUCCACCAUGGGUUCUUCAUAACUAAUGACGGUUUUGGCUCACCAUCCGAGUCCUCAUCUGGUUCUCCUGUUUCAUCUUGCUCUUGGGAAGAAACCCAAAUCAAGGACGAUUUCCUUCCAUUCGACGAAAACGAUUCGGGGGAGAUGCUCCUCUGCGAGCUGCUCGCGGAUUCUAGCGUCAAUUUCACCGAGCAGGCAGCUCCUGAUAAAAUCAAAGAUGAAGACGAUGACGAGGUGGAGAUUAGGCCUGCCAAGAGGCAAGGGGAAGGAAGAGAAAGCCCAGGGGAAGUUGUUGAGAAAGAGACACAAUUGAAAGGUAAUGGGAGAGAAAACCAUUUGGGGGGUGAGCAAUUGAGAGAGAAAUGCUACCGUGGGGUGAGGCGCAGGCCCUGGGGGAAGUAUGCGGCUGAGAUUCGGGACUCGACGAGGCAUGGAAUCAGGGUUUGGCUGGGAACUUUCGACAGUGCAGAGGCGGCGGCCUUGGCCUAUGACCAAGCCGCCUUCUCGAUGAGGGGAGCCAUGGCAAUUCUUAAUUUCCCCGUCGAGAGAGUGAGAGAUUCUCUAAGGGGGAUGAAAUAUGAGGCGAGUUGCUCGCCGGUGGUCGCUCUCAAGCAAAAACACUCGAUAAGGAAGAGGUCAAAAUCAAAGAAGAACAAAGAGUUUAAGAGAGAGAAAGUGAUGAGAGAGAGUAUGGUGGAGAAUGUAAUGGAGUUGGAGGAUCUUGGGGUGGACUACUUGGAGGAGCUCCUCAGUUCCUCAGAGAGGGUAGGCCAAAUGUGAAGUCCCUAUAUUCUUUUGUUCAUUUUGGUUUUAGUCUGUAAUUUUGAGUGAAGCUUGAGUUUUGCCUCAGAGGGAACCUGCAUGUCCUUUUUUUUUUGUUCACAUUGCAGUUCUGUGUUGGUAUGAGUCCAAUGACUUUAAUUUUUUUUGUUUCUAUGUAUCUUUUCUCCUUUUUCUUUUGUUUAAAGCUUUGGCACAAAAUGUGCUUUAUGUUUGUAUAGGUGAAAACUGUUGGAAGGGAAAAUUUUAAAGUCUUGCC